AUGAAGCAGGUCUGGAGACCCUUUUCCAACCCGCAGCUGCUAGUCUCCAAAGUUUUUCGUGCUCGAGCGUCCUUUCUUUCCAACAACCCCAGCACUCGGACCCUAUAUUCUGGUCGUUAUUCUUAUGGCCUUCGGGGGUUACUAAAGGCGAACGCUCUUUUGAAACAAGGUUGCAGCUGGAAAAUUGGCAAUGGUUUGUCUACUCCAGCUGGCUCUGCUCGGUGGGUCAAUGGGUGCAUUCCGGAGUUCAAACCUGGUAUUUCUUUGCCAAAUUUGGCUCCUCAUAAUGUCAUUUUUUUCAUCAAUCAUCAGACGAUGGGGUGGGAUACUGCUAAAGUUGUCGCCUCCUUUGUUCCUGCGGAUGCUUCCUCUAUCCUGGUACUGGAGGCCCCUAAUACAGCUCAGGAGGAUUUUUGUUAUUGGGCGGGUACUUCUUCUGGGAAGUACUCGGUUAAAACUGGUUAUGCUAUGCUUCAACAACAACUUUAUUCUACUUCCACACAUUCUGCUACUGACUCUUUCUGGAAGAUUCUUUGGUCUCUCCCGUUACAACCAAAAUGGAAGUUGUUCUUAUGGAAACUGCUACACCGUGCUCUUGCGAUCAAGGUGGAGCUCUAUCGCAGAGGAGUUCCGAUUCAAGACGUUUUUUGUGACCUCUGUCGUUCGGAACCAGAGGAUUUACAACACUUAUUUAGAAUGUGCGUUACUGCUCGAUCGGUUUGGAGGGGUGGAUGUCUUGGCAUUCACUCAGAAUUUAAUGGAGACCUUUCUCUUUCAGAUUGGAUCCAAUAUUAUAUCCGACUUUUUAUCAGUCUGGAUGGUCCUUCUAGUACUCGCCUGGGUGCCUUUGUUGGUACGCUUUGGACCUUGUGGUUAAGUCGUAAUUCUAGAAUCUUUAGGGAUUCUUCGGCGUCUCGACCUUUUGAUUCUUUAUUAGCAGAGGUCAUGGAUAACCACUCAAUCUUCGUCAAUUCGGAAGCCCCUGCUAGUUCUCCUAAUGAGGCGGGUGUAGUGGCUGGUGACUCUUCUCCGCCUGGGUUUUACAUGGCUCAGCUUGGCCGACCCCCAGGGGAGCCCUUUGCUUUCUCUUCAAGUAGAUGGCUCAUGGUUUAA